UGAAAAUCCUCCCACCCGCCCACUCCCAAAUCUUUUUUUGUCCAAGCAACUCCAAAAUUUCACUCCAUAUAAUACUCCAAUCAGUCCAAUCACUCCAAUCCAAAUAUUCCAAAUGAGUCAGUCCAAUGACGCCAAUAUUUUGAUACUAUAUAUAUAGAAGAUCAAUGCAUGAUAUUAGAUCUUUGGGAUUAUCUAAUAUAAAAUCAUGAGUAAUGAAUCUGGAUUGUUUGAAACUUUUGAAAGUAAUCAAUUUAUAGGAAUGAUGAUGAAGUUUAUUAAUGAUAGAAAUAAGCUGAUGGAUUUACAAUGUUCUAAGCUUAAUAAAACUAUAACAGAGAAGCUCAAAGAAUGUUUAUCCUACUGCCUAGAAAGAAACACCCAACACAGAGAUUUAAAUAAAUCUAUAGAAAUUGAAACCAUUUUGGAUUUUUUACAUGAUGAAUUGAACACUGGUCAUUGGAGCAAUGUUCCCCUUUAUGUGAGGCAUAACUUUUCCACAGCUAGUUUUGCAAAAUGCCUCAUUUUGAUUCUGAAUAAAAAACCAGAAGAAUCCCUUGAAUUACUAUUGAAAAAGUGUUUGAAAUGUCUUGACAUGGGACUUUUGCUGGGAGCCCCUCUGGAAAACAAUGAAGAUUUACUUACAAGCUCAGCCAAAUAUUUGAAUCAGGAAAUUGGUAGAAUAACAGACAAUCCAGAAAAGAGAAAAAGCCAUGAACAAGGCAAAAGAAAACUAGACCAUGAUUUUAAAGGCAAAUUUGAUGAAUUGAAAGGAAUAAUAUUAGAUUCUGUAGAACUUCCUUCUCUAGAACACUUCAAUAAAACUUAUUUUCUACCACAGCAACCUGUCAAAUUAAAAGGUUGUAUGGAACAUUGGCCAGCUUCAAAAAAAUGGCUAGACAUAAACUACUUACUAAAAAUAGCUGGUGACAGAACAGUGCCUAUUGAAGUAGGCUCUCACUAUGUUGAUGAAAAUUGGAGCCAAAAACUGAUGACUCUCAGAGAAUUCAUAACCAGGCAUUACUUGUCUGAUUCCGGCAAUGUAGGAUAUUUGGCACAACAUAACCUAUUUGAACAGAUAAGUGAACUCAAAGAAGACAUACACAUACCUGAAUAUUGCUGUUUGAGCACAGAUUAUGAAAAUUCCACAGAUCCUGAUAUAAAUGCUUGGUUUGGCCCAGGAAAUACAGUUUCACCACUACAUCAUGACCCAAAGAAUAAUAUUCUAGCACAGGUUUAUGGAUCCAAACAAGUGGUUCUUUUCUCGCCAAAGGACACCCCUUAUUUGUACCCCCAUGAGGACAAACUAUUGAAUAACACAGCUCAAGUGAACCCCAUAGACCCAGACCUGGAAAAGUUCCAGGAAUAUUCAAAGGCCUCCAUGUACAAGUGUCUGUUAGAACCAGGGGAAAUGUUGUUCAUACCUGUAAAAUGGUGGCACCAUGUGACCUCCUUGGAGAAGAGCUUUUCUGUUAGUUUUUGGUGGCAAUAAAAUCAUUGUUUUGUAUUAAAAACGUUUUAUUGAAAGAAAAACCUUGCUUAUAUGUAAUUAAUGAAAAAUUAACUCCAGGACUUUUACCAUUCAACAUAUCUACAGCCUUAAGAUAGAAAUUAUAAAGGAAUUUCGCUAAUCGAUUAUCCGCUGUUUCUGCUCACCAAGUCCCAUCAGUUGUACUCGGCCAGUUGAUAAUCGAUUCACAAAGAAAACUCCAAGCUACAAUGUUUUGGGUUCAAAUAAUUAAUGCCUUUUCAUAAUUAUGCCUGUAUUUAUAGUCAUGAUAAUUGAAGAAGAUAUAUGCAAAUGGUUUCUU